CAAGGACAGUUGAUACUUCCAGGUCGCGGAAACAAUGAAUCGACUGAAGAAAGCAAUAUGCCUCGUGCAUGAUGUCACUCGAAUUUGGAGACGUUCUAUUAAUCUCCAAGAAUUCCAGUGCAAAAAAUUAAUGUCUGACUAUGGCAUAAAUGUACAACGAUUUGUAUUAGUUCAAAGUCAGGCUGAAGCCAGCAAAACUAAAGAUGUCUUUAAGGCUAAGGAGUACGUUGUUAAAGCCCAAAUACCAGCAGGUGGUAGGGGAAUGGGCAUAUUUCAGGAUGGGUUCAAGGGUGGAGUUCAUCUGACGAAAGAUCCGGAUGAAAUGACACUCAUCGUCUCUAAGAUGCUUGGGAAUCACCUUAUUACAAAGCAGACAACAUCCAAGGGCAUUCUUGUCAAUCAGGUUAUGGUCGCAGAGGCACUUGAUAUCCAACGAGAAACUUACUUUGCCAUUCUUAUGGAUCGAGAAUCCAAUUCACCUGUCAUUGUUGCAUGUAAACAAGGUGGAAUGGAUAUUGAAGAGCUAGCCAAGAAUUACCCUACCGCUGUUAUCAAGGAACCCAUUGACCUAACUGUCGGUGUUUCUGAUGAACAAGCAUCCAGAUUUGCUAAAGUUCUUGGAUUCAUUCCUCAAACAGAACUGUAUAGAGAAGCUUGUAAACAAAUUCAGAAACUGUACAAAAUGUUUACAGCACUUGAUUGUGUCCAGGUUGAAAUUAAUCCUUUUGGUGAGACAAAAGAUGGUCAUGUUGUGUGUUUCGAUGCAAAAUUGGCCUUUGAUCAGAAUGCAAUAUAUCGACAACCGGAAAUUCGUAAAAUGGCUUCAGAAGUUGAAGCUGUUGAAGUGGCUGCUUCUGGUCCUAAUAGUGUAACAGCUUUAGAAGCAGAUGCCACACACAAUGGUAUAAAUUAUAUUGGUUUGAAUGAUGGCAAUAUUGGUUGUAUUGUAAAUGGCGCUGGACUGGCUAUGGCUACUAUGGACUUGAUUCAUUUUCAUCAUGGUAAACCGGCUAAUUUCCUCGACCUAGGAGGAAGUGUUACAAAGCUUCAGGUUGAACGGGCAUUUCGUUUACUAACUAGAGAUGUUCGCAUUAAAUGUAUUCUAGUCAAUAUAUUCGGUGGGAUUGUCAACUGUAAAACUAUUGCUGAAGGUCUGAUAUCAGCUUUGAAAGAGAAAGUAACUAAUAUCCCAAUUAUUAUCAGAUUAGAAGGAAAUAAUGCUAGCGAAGCUCAAUCUCUUAUCUCUAACAGUGGUUUGGAAUUGUAUGCGGCCAACAGUUUAGACGAUGCAGCAAUACUAGCCGUUUUCAAGGCAAAUGACGAUACUUUUGAAAAAUCCACUAACCCUGUGAUGAUUUAACUCUUUGCCACCUAUUUUGUAUCUAUUAUUUUAAUGAUUAUACUUUUUGUAGGUAUUCGUGGAUUCAGUUUUUAUUUAUUUAUUGCAUUUAUUUGAUUUAGUGUUCUAUUGUUUGUAUCUUACUGAAAGAUAGGGGAGUGUUUUCUUUCAUUAUAAUCAAUCGAUUCAUAUGCCUCCAGAUAAUUUUACGUUGUUUUUGUGUUCCAGGUUUUCUUUCAAGGCAUUUUAAAUGACUUAAAUCGCCUCAAUUUUAAAUGUGUCAAAGAUACCAUCUAAUCCUAGAAACAAAUUUUAAGAACUUAUCAAUCAGUAUUAUCGCAGAUUGUUUUAGUCUCAUCGACUUAUCUGGAUAUUCAUAAGAAUAUGUCAGUGUUCUGUAAACUGUGUAAAACAGUUGCAAAUGUCGAUAUCACAUUACGUUAGUGAAUAGAAAGUUACUUAUUAUUAUUAUUA